AUGGGUGCCGACACGGUCGAAGAAGCGAUUACGCUAUACGAGACGUCUAACUCUAUCAUGAAGGAUGCGGGCAUGAACUUGAGAAAAUGGGCCUCCAACGACAAGCACGUGCAGCACAUAAUGAACGAAGCGGAAGCAGAUGCGGUACCGGCAGACAGGAACCUUAAGCUGUCUAGAAUCUCCAAGGUGCUGGGAAUGAUUUGGGACAAGGACAGUGACAGUUUCAAGUUUUCGGUGGACUCUCUUACAUCGCUCCUUCAGACAAAAGUGGACACCAAGCGUUUCAUUCUGCAAGCUGCAUCAAGAAUAUUUGAUCCCAUGGGAUUCAUUGCCCCUUUCACUAUACGAGCUAAGCUCCUCUUCCAGAAACUAUGGAAACUGGGAGUGAACUGGGAUGAAGAAAUACCUGAGGAACUAUAUGUCGAAUGGUCCAACUGGUGCAGAGACAUUCCUAACAUCUACGCAGUACAUGUGCCAAGGCACAUUAAGAAUGGACAAAAAAGACCGUUUAAAGAAGUCCAGUUGCACAUAUUCGUGGACGCCAGCACACAGGCAUGUGGAGCAUGCGCCUAUCUAAGAAUCGAAGAUAACAGCGGGCACGUUGGGACUACCUUAGUUACCGCAAAGUCAAGAGUGGCGCCUCUUAAGGUAUUGUCUUUGCCACGAUUGGAGCUCAUGGGAGCCACAAUAGGCACGAGGCUGCUGGAAUACCUAGGUUGUACGUACACAGAGCUUAAAGGAACAUACAUCAUGUGGACUGACUCGACAGUUGUGCUAAGUUGGAUAAGAGGUCCGGCGAGCAGGUGGAAGCCAUUUGUCAAACACCGCGUUCUAGAAAUUCAAACUAAGUGCGUGCCAGAGAAAUGGAGACAUUGCCCGGGAGAGACUAACCCAGCAGACCUGCUGACAAGAGGAGAAUCUCCAUCGAUUCUUCGCGAUAGCCGUCUGUGGUGGGAAGGGCCGAAAUGGCUCACUUCUGGAGCAGAUGACUGGCCGGAACCCCCACCUCAAUUAGGGGAACUCAAUGAGCUCGAAACAAAUGAGUUGAAACCGACCCAGGUGUACCUGCAAACAGAAGGUCAAGAAACGGCCGCACUUUUUGAUCUAAAGAAGUACAACGGGUAUCAGAAGGUGCUUAGAAUAACCGCCUGGGUGAUGAGGUUUGCGCGUAACAGCCGUUCUAAAGAAAAUCGACAAGUCGGCCAAUUGGAGGCCGUAGAAUAUGCUGCAGCAGAACGAUAUGGGAUAAAGCAAGCUGAAUGA